AAUCUCAUCACUCAUACAAUCAUGUUAUUAGAUUCAUGCUACUUAAAUUAAAAAUUUCCAAUUCAUAUUUUAUGGUCUAAUCUUACUGUUUCUGAUAUAAACUAUAAUCAAGAUUUAGUUUUCCGCCUUGUUUAGUUCAAAAUUUGUCCAUAUAUUCAGUUACUAAAUUUAUGUUUUUUUUCAACUAGUUCCCCUCAUGAUUUUCAGUGAUUAAUGUGACAUAAAGCUCAACUUUUCUCUUGCUUCAAUGAACAAAUUUGAAACACACAACAGGCCCUAAAUUUCCUUUUGGCCAACAGAUUUUAAGUAAACUUCAAAACUGAUGUAGAAUCCCAAAAUCAGUCAUUAUUCAAGAUUAGGCAGACUCACGUGGAAUCCAACCCUAGGAGUAUAUAUUCAGCUCCUUUUUAUAUGUUUAGAUUUUCAUUUUCAUUGAAGGAGAUGGGAAUUGUGGGGUGACUGGUGUUGCCAUGCAUGUGAACUUUUGAGCAAAUGGCUGGACAGAAUCAUGUCCUUUAGGCACAUAUUUUUUCCCUCCUUACCUCAUUGUUAUCAUUCAAAACUUUCUCACCCUUUACUCUCCUACAAUAAUUGUUUGCAUUUGUCCUAUUUCUGCGUAGAGGGUAGCAGUUGGGGAAGACUCUGUCUCUUUGCCAGAGGAGCUGCAGCCAUGACCAGUCCACUCAAAAUUAUGGAGAGCACUAAAAGAUUCAGUCAUUUGAUUCCAAAUUUAAACACAAUCCUUAUUCUCUAUACUGAAAACAUUUCUUAAUCAGCCUUGGCUCCUUCAUUUUUGUUCACAAAACUGUAAUUAAGAUUCGAUAGUUAUUCGACUAUGAACAAAAGGAAAGUUCAAUGGAGUACUUGUGUCACGGUCUUAGAGAUGAGUUAUGAAUUCUAUAUCGAUUGAAUACUAGAAUUAAUUUUAAGAUAUAAGGUUCACACCACUAUCAUUUUAUGAGGUGAUAUUUGUAAGAUACAAUCGUGAUGUUAGAGAAGUCAGAGUAACAAUGCCUCACAAAGGUGAAAAUCGUGAUAGGUAAGUUAAUCUAAGACGUCAGAUAAAUAUAUGUUCGAGUCCUAGAGCUGCACAGACUUAGAGGUUGAAUCUCAGCCGAUAACAAAUGAUAUCAGAAUCAACUCUGGGGUACUAGCGAUGCACCGAGGACGGUGGACCCUUGUUGGAGUGAGAAAAGAUGUCACGAUCUUAAAAAAGAAUUAUGAAUCUCGAAGACAUUGGAUGAGUGCAUGUCCUAAUCCUAACACCGGAUGAAUGUAUAUUCGGGUUUUAAAGUCGCUCGAAACUAGAGAUUGAGUCUUGGCCCAUGACACUUGUACAUGACCAAAAUAAGGCAAGAUAAAUUGGGAGAUGGUUUUAUGUGGGAUGUUCAAAUUUCUCUAGUGUUUUCACAUGGCUGGUGAUCAAAGGUGGCCAGCGUGUUGGUUGAAUUGAAUUGCUGUUUAUUGACAGUGUAAAUGAUCCACCAUAUCAUGGGGACAUACUUAAAGCAUUCUGAUAAUGGCUGAUGUAGUAUGUGGGGUCCAUGGAUGUACAAUCUUGAUUCAUCAUGUGCGUACAUUUUAUGUAUGCAUGUAUAUACCAUGGAGUUAUUGUACUAGUGGUGAUGAUUAUAGAAGAAUCAAGGAGAUAGCAGUGCCUUCUGUCAAUAAGUAUUAGACCAAUAUCAGAAACUAUUCCUUUGCAACUCAUUCAUCUGUUAAAUAUAUAAACAUAUAAAUCUAAUAAAUAUUACCCACCAAAGCAUGCAAAUUUUGUGGAUCCCAUGUUUAAUUUCCAGAAACUUGCUUCCUUGAUGAUAGACUUAACCUCAGACCAAGGGUUCACUUCUCUACAAUGCCAUUGAGUUUUUAACCCCAAGAGUCAUGAAAAUCUUAUUUACAAGGACAGGUUAUUGUUAGCAUGUGAGGACAUUCAUUCGGAGGGAAUAGCCAAAUUUAAAGACAGGGCCUUGCAGAAAUAAUUCAGAGCAGGCUUCAGUAUCCAAGCAGGCCUCGGAGUUCUGGCCCCACUGAUCAAAACUUUCUCCACAGCCGCACUCAAGUUUCUUUCUUGAAGGGUUAUCAACAAAGGACAAAUCUGUCUCUUCUCUAUGGAUUUUCGCCGGAAUGUGUCAGUCUCCGGUGAGUUUCAACAAGAGCAAGUCCUUUCUUCCCCUUGCUCUAAACUUGGUGCUACCUUAGCUGCUGCCACUGGCUCACUUGAUGACCUUUUCCCUGAUCAUAAUACGGAAGUGGAUGUAAGCUUGGAAUGGUUGUCUAUAUUUGUAGAAGAUUGUUUAUCCAGCACAGGAAACUGCAUCCCAGUUGCAGCAGCAGCUACAAAUGUUCAAAACAAAAGUACAACUGCAACAAAGCCUGCAAAAUCCAUGAAGCAGAAGGCCCAACAAACCCCACCUUCCUUGCAAAAAUUUGUGGUUCCAGGCAAGGCUAGAAGCAAAAGAAAGAGGGCAGCCACAACAUUAUCCAAAACCAAAAUUAACCCAUUUUCCAGCUGGUCAUACCACCUAAACUCACCUAACCAAAACCUCCAAUUAGCUAGCUCUGACCCCCCUUUGCUUCAACAAACAUAUUGGUUAGCUGACAGUGAACUGAUUGUGCCCAAAAAGGAGGAUGACAGCAGCAAUAGUAGCAGUAACUUGGUGGGGAAUAGUGAGGUGGAAGAACCAAAGAAAGAGAGAAUGGAGGUAGAGAAAGUGGUGGUGCUAGAGAGCAAUAGUGGACAGCAGCAGCUGCUGCAGCAGCCAAGGAGGUGCACCCAUUGCUUAGCACAAAGGACCCCUCAGUGGAGAGCGGGACCAUUGGGUCCAAAAACUCUAUGCAAUGCAUGUGGGGUGAGGUACAAGUCAGGGAGGUUGCUGCCAGAGUAUAGGCCAGCAAAAAGCCCUACUUUUGUGAGCUAUUUGCACUCCAAUUCUCACAAGAAAGUGAUGGAGAUGAGGAUGUCUUUGUUUUCUUCAAUUCCUAGUGAGCAGUGAUGGCUUCUGUUUUCCCCUUUUUCUGAAACUCCCAUUCCCCAAUGUAAAUCGAAGUUUAGAUAGGAUAAAUUUGAAGAAAUUCUUCACUAGUACUGUAGUACCUCUGCAAUUUUAUGAUUAAUACUACUGUUUUUAUACAAUUUUUGCCAUAUUUUUUUCAAGUUUUAAAAUAUUUCUUUACCAAAAUAAAGAAUUGAAGCCUUGGAGCCAUCAGCCAUAUCCUAUCUCCAUGCUGACUGCUCCAUUUGUCCCAUUUGGUUUCUUUGGAGUUACAUUAAAUCAAACUAGAAUCCUAGGAAAAGUAGCACCAGUAAAAACUAAACAACAGGUAAAAGUAACGAUUUUUACUUUGCAAAUUAGUGAAUUUGAAACAAAAAAAAAAAGGAGGGGGUGCAAUUAUUUUCACACCAAAGCAUGCAAAUUCACAUAUGAAAUGUUUGUCCUGUUUUCUAACUUGUUUGGUCUGCCCCUUAGGACAUGGAAACUAUGUUAUGUUGGUUAGGACAUGAAAAUAACAUGAUCAAAUGCGUUUAGUAUCAAAAUGGGAUUGUUGGAUUUUCGUUAACUUUAGACAUAAAUAAAAAGAAAAAAAAUCAUUUCUUGCCUACUUUUUGAGUUUGUAAGACAUUGGCAGUAGCAGAGAAUAAGAUGAUGGCUUCCAGCAAGCACCUGACUUUUUCUUUUAUACCAUUUUUUUACCAAUGGAUUCUCUUUAAAAUGGGAAACAGUUCCCUUUUGAACAGAGAUUCCUGGUCUUUUUUUUUUUUUUUCCUACUGUAUUCCUUUCUCUUUGUGCAAAUAUAUGAUAUGCCUUCUAAAAUUUCCCUCCCAUUUUUGGGAAAGGAAAAUUUUCGUCUUGUGUUCAAUUUAGUCCUAAAUGUCC